UGAUCCUCCUCCCAAGAGCCCAGGGCCCCGGGCAGCCUGGGAGCGCGCGGGGCAGCGCCCUCAACGGCGCCGCACGCCGCCGCGCGGCUCGGAUCCCUCACCGAGCUCGGAGUCCACGCCAACCCCGCUCCGCUCGCAGCUCGGCGACUCCCGCAGGGGGAGCUGGUAGAGGGCGAGAGGGAGGGACCGCGGGUCACGUGACAGGCGCCGGAAGUGGUGGGUGCAGAGUCUGCGCCGGAAGUGGCGGGCGGCCCGACAACUCCUCAUGGCGGCUGCAGCUGGUGGGGCGCAGCGGAGUGGAGACUGAUCUACGUGCCUGGCGGGCGGGCGCCGAGCCCCGGCCUGGCCUCCGCGUGCCCCUCCCCCCGGGCUCUGCACCCCUGAUGCUGCGCGGGUGCUGAUCCCGCCCCGGCCGGGACAAUGGUGAAGUAUUUCCUGGGCCAGAGCGUGCUCCGGAGUUCCUGGGACCAAGUGUUCGCUGCCUUCUGGCAGCGGUACCCGAAUCCCUAUAGCAAACAUGUCUUGACGGAAGACAUAGUGCACCGGGAAGUGACUCCUGACCAGAAGCUCCUGUCCCGGAGACUCCUGACCAAGACCAACAGGAUGCCCCGCUGGGCCGAGCGACUAUUUCCUGCCAAUGUUGCUCACUCGGUGUACAUCCUGGAGGACUCUAUUGUGGACCCACAGAACCAGACCAUGACCACCUUCACCUGGAACAUCAACCACGCCCGGCUGAUGGAAUUUGGUCUCGCCAGGUUCAAAAGCAAUGUGACCAAGACGAUGAAGGGUUUUGAAUACAUCUUGGCCAAGCUGCAAGGUGAGGCCCCUUCCAAAACCCUUGUUGAGACAGCCAAGGAAGCCAAGGAGAAGGCAAAGGAGACAGCACUGGCAGCUACAGAGAAGGCCAAGGACCUUGCCAGCAAGGCAGCUACCAAGAAGCAGCAGCAGCAGCAGCAGCAGUUUGUGUAGCCAGCCCAGACCCUGGUGCAACAGCACACCAGACACCCAGCUGCACUCCCUCUACCCUCCCCCCCUGUAUUUUAUUAUUAAAAGUCAACUUCCAGCCUGUUCUACUUUCUGGAUAGUGGGUUGGAGGUGGUAUCUGUUUGGCAUCUACAGUGCACCAGACAUGUUACCCAUGUCUGAGCCAGGCCUGCUUCUUCCCACGUCGAAUAACUAAGGAGAGAUUUGCCCAGGGUCACAAUCAGCGUGCAGGCAAAGUGGUCAUAAAUACUAGACUGUAAGCUCCAUGAGGGCAGGGACCUUUGUUUUGUUCUUUGCUGUGUCCCAAGUACCUGGAACAAUAUCUAACGCAUAAUAGGCACUCAAUAAAUAUUUGUUGAAUUCAAUCA